AUGACUUCCGAGGCUCCUGACUCCACCUCACCAAUCACUGUCACCGAGACCGAACACGCGGUCAGAACCUCGACCAACAGUCCUAUAACGGCGAAUCGCACGGCCGAGUCCAUGGGAGAGCAAGCCGUCGUCGAAGAUCUGAUAGCGAAGCAGGCCUACAGGAUCGAAACAUCCUUCAUGGCCGCAAUGGACAGAUUCUCCUCGGAGCUACGGACGCUUUUUCAGGAGAGGAUGCCGGUGACAUCGUCCGCAACGCCUCCCAGAGCCGGACAGAGUGGCCAAGAGUGCGAGAGGUUCGAGCCCUACGGCGAGAGCAGCGGCCUCGGCGUCUCUGGCUGCACCCAAGCGUCAAAUUACGGCCAGCAUUCACAGCCGACCUACCCGGCAGAGACAACGUACGGCCCACUCCAUGCUUUGGCCGUGUGA